CGCCGGUCAUGGGGAACGCCAUGACGCCGAGGGAGGUGCACAACAUGCGAGUGCUCAUGAUCUGCACAGAAAUGAUGAUAUGCUGCAUAUGCGGCGUGUUGCUGACGCCGCUCCACGGCGAGUGCUGGCAGCGCUCCUCGACGGCGCUCCAGAUGGCCGCCUCUGGAGGCUACGGUCUCAUCGCAGUGGGCCGCCUGUUCGCUCUGCUCGGCGGGGACCUGCUGCCACUUGCCAUCGAGCGGCUGUACGUUUGGGCAGCGGCGGUGCUGUUCGCGGCGUGCGGCGGUGUGUCACUGGGGUCGGCGGCCAUUGGGGACAGUGCGUGGGGCCCCACCGAUCCGUGGGAGACUCGCGAGGUCACCCGCGCCGCACUCGCACUCCUCGUCACCAUAGUGCUGGUUGCCGAUGCCAGCACGUGCCACUUGCCCGCAGGCGUCAUACUCGAAGUCCCACCUCGCAUCAACAGUGCGGACGCUCCUGCUGCCGACGACUCGCCACCGCCCUACUCUGUUGUCAUCGCACACGAGGCUGGUCUGCUGCCGUGAUACUGAAAAACCUACUCAGGUUCAGCUGGUGAGACAAGCUGUGAAGUGAGGUCUUCUUGUCUGUUCGUGUCCACUUGUGUCGCCACCACAACUAUACUGAUGCACGACCCUGUGAUCCUGAGGAUCAGCAAACUGGAACUUCAUAGCACAUCAGGGCAGUAUCCGUGAGUAUUGCUGACUCUCCACAAUGCAGUGAUGUUUGGAAAACUAAAAGUGCAACUUCGCCUCUUGGACCGCGACCACAAGAAUCCAUGAAUAUGCCACUGAACCAAAGCCCCAGAUGCGCUGUUGCGUCCUCAUCCAACAACAGUGAAGGUGUGGACAUGUCUGAUCUACCACCGGGUGAUGAUAUCGAUACGGGCAGUGUAGGGCAUGCUAUAGGCAGCUGCAGACUCCGACUCUAUUGCUCAAACCCUCUGGCGUCAAGCAGCCUGUCUACUUCAAUGUACACAACUCCAAAGCUGUUCAGGAUACAUCGUACUAUAGCCCAGUGUUAAUGACCUCUUUGUGUUGUGGAUUUUGUGUUGGAUUCCUCUUUGGACAGCUUGUACUCUGCUGUUGACCGACUUUGUUACGAUUAUGGUACAAGGACUCGCAACUACUCCUGUGAAGUACAAACUGUGAAUGUGACAUUUGCGUUCUCCAGCACUUAGGUGCUGUCGACAUGAACCCGAGCACCGCUCUCGUUUGGCGCUUGUGGCGGAAAGUGUUUGUUUCUAUUGUGCGGGAUAGAAAAUACCCAAGAGAGUCUCAUGAUUCCCUUUUUGGGAGCACAUAACUAGUAAUUCGUAUGUUACUGCAUGUAAAAUUGGUGGUUAUAAUGAUGAACUAUUCUGUAGUGUAUCCAUUGGUUCUCAAAGCUCUCUCUCUCUCUCUCUCUCUCUCUCUCUCUCUCUCUCUCUCUCUCUCUCUCUCUCUCCGUCUGUUGGAUGGAGUAAAUAGAACAUAACGUGUUGUUCAUUCAGUAUUUUGGUAGUAUAUUUAGUGGAAGGAAGGGGCGGACUGCUCAACGAAAUACGUAUAGUUCUGUUGCUCGUAACUACACAACUAAAUAAAAGUGAAACGUUAAAAAUGUAGAGCGGAUUCUAGUCAUAAUAUUUAAUGCAUGCUGAACAGCAAUGUUCAUUCUCUUCCGUGGGGUAUGGGCUGCGUCAGACAUAUAUUGUAACCUGUCGGUUCUUUCUUUUGUGCAGGUGAAGAACAAGAAUGCGUAUCUCUGAGUCUAUACUGACAAGUAGUUUUAUUACAGGGAUUUUCAUAGAAUAAACUCAAGUAAAUACACUACAAAGAUGGAAGAAACCGCUCUUUACCAAUGGAAACAGUGGCUAAUCUCCAUCGUGAUGCGAUUUAGGAAACUAAAAGUUACCAGAAAACUUCACCUUCUCCAUUCAUGUAAUCACAUAGUUGAUGUGAAGAGUACAGCAGGUUUAUGUUCCUUGUCAGGCCAUCUUUAUAAGCAGAUCAAGUGCAUCGAUACAUAAAACUGCAGAAUGGCCAACUCUGUGUAUAUAGAUUUUUAUGUGUGUAUGUAUGUGCUUGUGUACGUGCAUGCGUGUGUGUGUGUGUGUGUGUGUGUGUGU